AUGUCUGAAGUCCCAGAAGAUUUUAAUUCUGACCCCGAUGAGAGUCUGCAGCUUAAAAUAAAUAAAUCUGGUAACUUACAUAAUGCUAACGCAGACACCAUGUUUAAGGUAAGCUCUGAGCUGUCCCCGAAAACUGACCAAGGCCCAGGAAAUGUGUUCCUAGAGUCAAGCAGGACACGCAAGGCAGAUUUGGAGGGGCCAGACCUACAAUCACCAGACGUUUCAGUAGGUGUACACACAAAUACACAGCUACCAACAAAAAUAGAUCCAAAGCAGAAGACACCAGAUUCUCAGAGUGAAAAACUAAAAAAAUCAGUUAAAGAGGAAGAUCUACCUCCAUCCAAGAUGACCAAAUUGGAGAAGAAACAAAAAGAGUCAGCUGAAGAAAAAAGGGCAGAGCCAUAUGAGGUAACUAAACCUAAGUUCCCAGACCGGAAGCUAAGAAAGUCUACUGAGGAAACAGGUCUCAAGCCAUCAGAGGAGAUUCAAGUCAAGUCCACAGAACAACCUGAGCAGAUUAAGUUCUCAGACAAGAAACUAAGACAGUCAACUAAGAAGAAACUCUCAGAGCCACUGCAGGAUUUUGGAGAAGAAUCAAGAAGACCAACUGAUGAAGCAAGUCUAGAACUAUCAGAAAAGAGAACAUCAAAAGCUUCAAAGAAAGCACACAAAAGCUCUUUUGAUGACAUUUUUCCAGAGAUGCUAGAAGAGAUUACUCAAGGCCUACUAGAAGAAAUACAAUCAGAUGUCCAAGUGGAGACAGAAGAAGAGUCAAUUAAAGAGAAAGUUCCAGAGCCAUUAGGGGACAGGAAGGCAACAGCUCAAAAGCACAAGCUGAGAAGAUCAAGUGGAGAGUCUAAGCUAAAGGACACGUUAAUAGAGCCCAGAAAGGACAGGGAUCCAGUGCGGCAAACACAGACUGAGCCGGAAUCUCCAAAGGAGAAACUAAUAAAAUCAACGGAGAAAACUGGUGCUGAGCCACCACUGCAGGUACCUAAUCCAGACAUUGAAGAGAAGUCACAGCCAAAACCAACCAAAAAAAAUCUAGAGUUACCAAGCGAACCCCAGCCAGGAGAGAAGAAGACAGAAUUUCCCAAGGAAGACAGUUCAGAACCAAGCAAACCUGAGUAUCCUGCAGACAAAGAUGAGCUAGUAUUCUCUGACUAUCACACAAAGUUGUUAGAAAAAAAACCUACCAGGAUUAAAACUGACUUUGUAGUAAGAUCUCCUAGAGAAAGUGGAGAAUCCUUCAGUACAGUUUAUGAAGCACAUGAGUUCCUUAAAGACCUUCAGGCUGAUAUGAAUGAACUCUUUCCAAUCAUUCCUGCUUCAGAGUCUCAGAUAGAACUGAGGGAUUCUAUAGUUUUAUCCCAGGAGGUGGCGAUACUAGGACAUAAAGAAUCCCAGCCAAGUCUUAGCUCACAGUUUGAGCACCUCAGCUGGAGCCCAGAAAGGGUUGCAGAGUGGAUUAGUGAUCUAGGCUUCCCUCAGUACAAGGAGUGUUUUACUGAAAACUUUAUCAGUGGUCGAAAACUCAUCCACGUAAACUGCUCCAACCUGCCUCAGAUGGGAAUAACUGAUUUUGAAGACAUGAAGACAAUAUCGCACUAUACCCGAGUGCUUCUGGGGAUCGAAGAGCCUCUGUUCAGCCGCAGCAUCAGCCUUCCCUACAGGGACAACAUUGGCUUAUUCUUAGAGCGAAAAGGGCAUAGUGGAGUAAAGUCUGAUGCCUUGACCUUGUCAGAAUUUGUUGAAGCAUCAGGAUUACAGGAGUAUAAUCCAGAGAUAAAUGCUGUGGAGAAGAAUGAAGACCCAGUGCCAGAGAACAGCCAGGAAGAAAAUGAGGCAAGAUAA